GAGGGGGAAGACCGAAGGAAAUGAGACAACCUUUUCCUCCCACUGACUCGUGCUUCUUCAGCGUCUGCGGGGCUCACUACCGCUGCCCGUGAGCGCCCAGGCCAAGACCCAGCGCCCCGCGCCCGCCUCGGCGUGUCUCCCCUGGGAUUUCUUUCCGAGGCGCCAGUGCCGGUCCAAAGCCUGGCCACAGCUUUGUUGCGUCCUCGCCUUAGUGAUCGGCUCCUGGUCCCAGAGCAAGGACCCCGGAAGUGCGCGUCGGUGGCUCUGGCGAAGAGCCUGAGAAGCCAACUGAGGCCAACCAAGUUUCAGAACCUCUACUGUCUGACACUAGCAUCUCCAAGGAUGAACCAUUCUAACCAGAUACUCCUCUACUCUUAAGAGUACACUUCUCCCCAGGUCCUGAAGUCCUCAGACCUGCAGAGCAGUUUCUGAACUUAGGGUGGUGGUUCCAAGUCUUCACCUGUAUCAUCAGUUGUCACCUUUUAGGAACUCAAAUGGCUGUUGAAGACUCAGAGAAGAGAAGAGAGGGAGGGUGGCCACCUUGAUCCAGCUGAAGCAUCUCCAGGAGGCCUUUUCUGGAUGUCACAUCGAGGCUGCCCUUCUACCACAACACGGAGCUGGUGAUCCCCGAGUUCGUGGACAUGGCUUUGCUCAGCAAUAUCCUAGAGGCCUAUUCCUUUGUCUCAGAAAAUCCUGAGCGAGCAGCCCUGUACUUUGUCUCUGGUGUGUGCAUCGGGCUGGUCCUCACCGUAGCUGCCCUGGUGAUGAGGAUCUCUUGCCACACAGACUGCCGGCAGCAUCCCCAGAAGAAGUUCCUGCAGGACCAAGAAAGCAGCAGCAACAGCAGCGACAGCGAGGAUGGCAGCUCCUACGCGGCAUCUGACAUCUCAGUCAGGAGACAUCGUCGCUUCGAGAGGACUUUGAACAAGAACGUCUUCACCUCAGCGGAGGAGCUGGAGCGUGCCCAGCGGCUAGAGGAGCGGGAACGCAUCAUCAGGGAGAUUUGGAUGAAUGGCCAGCCCGAGGUUCCUGGCACCAGGAGCCUGAACCGCUACUACUAGGGACAGGAGCAGGAAUCCACACCCCACUGUUAGCCGCCUGGUAGAGAAAGGGUUCCACAAGGAGGGCGGGCACAAAGAGUUGAACGCAGCUCUGCUAAUGUUAUGGUGGCAGAGAUAAGCAGGACAUUCCCAUUUUCUAGCCAGGAGGACUGAUUUCUCCCUUUUUACUAAAUUUAUGGAGAAGUAGAAAAAACAAGUUGGUUCAUCAACUUUUCCAGGUCUUGGAAUGGUGCUGAAAACCCUUCUCCAGCAAUGUGGAUGGAGAGUAGAGAAAUGGAACUUGUGGUUUCUCUUGAUUUCUGAGGAUCUCAGAAGUUUCUGCAGACUUCAUUGCUAUGUGUUAUUUCUUUACAAAAGGAAAUAUUAUUACAGCAUGAGGGCUAGGAAGAGCAGGGUUAACUUAACCCAGUAAAUGCAACUUUCUAAAUGACUCCAUGCUAUGGAGGUGAUUUUGAUCCAGAUAGCCUGAUCAGUGCUUAUUGUUUAAGGUCUAUUCUUUCAAUCUUGUGUUGCAAUGGCAACCUCAGGGAUUAAAAUCCUAUUUUUUAUUAAAGUUCCCACUUCACUCAUGAAAACGAAUAAUGUAUUAUAGGAGAUGUGUCAGUGAACUAGAAAAAUGUCAAUAACCUCAAAGGAUGAAGGUUUUAUUUUAAAUAGCUUAUAAAGAAUAUAUUAACAUGCAAUUAAUGCUACAUGCAUUUGAAAAUGCAGCACAAGAAUAAAAGCUGUGUUUUUCCCCCUUUUGGAGAGAAGAAAAUUUUGUUAUGACUCUAGGUAAUCAUGAUUUUAAACAAUUUGUUUUAAAAAAAAUCCCGUUUGGAUUUCUAAUAAAAGAAUGGGAAUGGGAGGUGAGGAAUAAAGCCAAAAUUAAGUUGGGAUAAAAAAUAAAUGUUACAUAAGAUCUUUUUUUGUUUUAUGUUGAUCUCUGUGGUUACACUUACCCUAAACAGCACCCCUUUUAUAUAGUUGGGUAUGGUCUUUUGCCAGGCCCUUCAAAUAGCUGGAGAAUUGUGAGAAACUGGAGAACGGAGAAAUGGCCCCUAGGGGCUUUUCAUUUUCUGUAUGUUUCUGUUAUGAUUACAGAAUAGUUGAGUGAUUGUUAAGCUGAUAGAGGAAUAGAAGACUUACCUAAGGCUAGAAAUAAUAUGGUGGCCUCAUACUGAGAGGGGAAGUUGGUAAGGAAGGAAGAGGGGCAAGGCUGAACCACAUUUAGAAAUGGGUUACAGAGGAGGAAGCAGCAUCCUCCAGCCUGAUAGACGGCAAUAAUGCAUUCUAUCAGUCUGUCAGAUCGCUUCUCUGGCCAUGCAGUGGGUUUCUUAGUCAGCCUGUCUGGAUGCUCCAGAGCCUUCCUAGUGGAUUUCCCCAGUUCAUUGGCUUUGUCAUCAUACCUGAGAAGACAGUUGGGAGACUUCCUCAGCUGGACACUCUAUUACUUUGGGAACUCACUAUCUGUGAUAGGGGCUUGAAAGUCUGUCUUAAGAACUGAACGGUUACAGAUAUCUGUUUCCCAAGGGGGCAAUAGUUUGCUUGAAACCCUCAAUGGCUGGCUUGAUUAUACCUUUUUGAGUGAUCUCAUUGGCUAGUAACAACUGCCAAAAAUCUUGUUAAAUCUGCCUCUCUGAAUCUGGGUUCUUACCCUUGUGGUUUCAGUCCCUUGGUAACAAGUGCAAGAAUCACCCCAUUCCCCUGGGCUUUAGA